AUGGCUCAUCCUAGAGUAUUGAUUCCAAUGGCGGAUUACGGCCAUGAUCCAACAGAGGUCGCAGUCCCAUAUACCGCAUUUAAGGAAGCGGGUUUUGAGGUCCAAUUCGCGACUGAGGAAGGCAAGACGCCGGAGUGUGACAGGAAGAUGCUCAAAGGCAUCACUCAGAAGUUACUUGGCGCGACUAGAUCCGCAGUCGAAGCCUAUAAUGAGAUGUCAGCAACCCCCGAAUUCAAAAACCCUCUCUCCUGGUCAUCCCCCGACUUCAAUCUCAACUCUUACAACCUUGUCUUCCUGCCUGGAGGGCAUGAGAAAGGAGUGAGACAACUUAUCGACUCGCCCAUAAUGCACAAGCACCUCGCAACAUAUUUUCCCGCCACGGUAAAACCCAGCUCGAAGGCAGUGGCUGCGGUGUGCCAUGGGGUGAUGGUGCUUUCCGAAACAGAGGGAGAAGAUGGGAAGAGCGUCAUACAUCAAUGCACAACAACAGCUUUACCAGCUAGGUUUGAACAGAUCGCAUUUUGGGGUACCAGAGCAAUACUCGGGGAUUAUUAUAAGACGUAUGGAGCGGGUAGUGAGAAUGUUGAGCAGUCGGUGCGGAAACGGUUGGAUGACCCAAAAAAGCAGUAUAAGAAUAGCCUCAGAUUGAGACCAUUCGUGGUUCAGGACCAGAAAUACAAUUAUAUCAGCGCGAGAUUUCCAGGAGAUGCUCAAGCACUAGCAGAGAAAGUUGUUGCUUUAGUUCAAGCACAAGGUGGAGCUGAUCAAGUGUUCCUUGAAAGUAUACUUCGAGAUACGCUGCGGGGACAAUAA